AUGGAGAAAGUGAAGAUUGAAGAAAUUCAGUCCACCGCUAAGAAACAGCGGAUUGCUACUCACACCCAUAUCAAAGGCCUUGGCCUCGAGCCCACCGGAAUUCCUAUACCAUUGGCGGCUGGGUUUGUGGGUCAGCUUGAGGCAAGAGAGGCAGCUGGUCUUGUAGUGGACAUGAUUAAGCAGAAGAAGAUGGCAGGGAAGGCUCUUUUGCUUGCUGGACCUCCUGGAACCGGGAAAACAGCUUUGGCUCUUGGAAUAUCCCAAGAGCUUGGAAGCAAGGUUCCCUUCUGUCCAAUGGUUGGAUCUGAGGUUUACUCAUCGGAGGUUAAGAAAACUGAGGUGCUCAUGGAGAAUUUUAGGCGUGCGAUUGGGCUACGUAUCAAGGAAACCAAAAAAGUCUACGAAGGAGAGGUUACGGAGCUGUCCCCGGAAGAAACCGAAAGUCUUACCGGAGGUUAUGGUAAAAGCAUCAGCCAUGUUAUCAUUGGACUCAAGACAGUCAAAGGAACCAAGCAACUGAAGUUGGAUCCCACUAUAUACGAUGCCUUGCUUAAGGAAAAGGUAGCUGUCGGAGAUGUUAUAUACAUUGAAGCAGUCAGUGGAGCUGUCAAACGGGUGGGUAGAAGCGAUGCUUUUUCCACUUCAUUCGAUCUGGAAGCUGAAGAAUAUGUUCCACUUCCGAAAGGAGAGGUUACUAAAAAGAAAGAGAUAGUUCAGGAUGUCACUCUCCAAGAUCUGGAUGCAGCAAAUGCUCGACCUCAAGGUGGGCAGGAUAUACUUUCUUUGAUGGGCCAAAUGAUGAAACCACGGAAGACCGAGAUCACUGAUAAGCUGCGGCAAGAAAUUAACAAGGUCGUGAACCGUUAUAUAGAUGAAGGUAUUGCAGAGCUUGUCCCGGGAGUUCUGUUUAUCGAUGAGAUUAUAGCCAUUCGUGCGCAAGUAGAAGAGCUAACAAUGGAUGAAGAGUGUUUGGUCCUACUUGGUGACAUUGGGCAAAGAACAUCCCUAAGGCAUGCGGUUCAGCUUUUGUCUCCUGCCAGCAUCGUGGCGAAAAUGAAUGGACGUGACAAUAUUUGCAAGGCUGAUAUAGAGGAAGUAACAUCACUGUACCUGGAUGCCAAAUCUUCAGCUAAGCUUUUGCACGAGCAACAAGAAAAAUACAUCUCAUGA